AUGCUCAUUACUCCGGUCCAGCUGCAACAAACGACGCGAAAAGACGUAGCCCGUGUCAGUUCUCAUUGUGAGAAAAUGUACAGUAUGAUGCUCUCUUCCAAUCAGCCCAGUUCGUUCACUAGAAUGUGGCUACUUUGCCGUUUUACAUCUGGGUACUCGUACUCCGUUCUCCGUACUCCGCACAUUGAUUCGACCUUUUGA